AAAGUCCACCCCGGCACCCCCUUUAUAAAAGCCGGCGCGGCUGAUCACGUCGUAUCCUCUACGCAGUGAGUCUCUCCUCCUUCCCCACUCGUCAAUAGACUCUGAGCCUCGGCACUCCGAUCGACAAACCCUAGCGAGCUCAGUAGAGCAAGCUCUUGUCUAUCACCUGCAGGAUCCUGCUAUGGCUUCAAAACGUAUCAAUAAGGAGUUGAAGGACCUCCAGAAGGACCCUCCUGUAUCUUGCAGUGCAGGUCCUGUCGGUGAUGAUAUGUUCCAUUGGCAAGCAACAAUCAUGGGACCGGCAGACAGCCCAUAUGCUGGUGGUUUAUUCUUAAUAUCAAUUCACUUCCCACCGGACUAUCCUUUCAAGCCUCCAAAGGUUUCUUUCAAAACCAGAGUUUAUCAUCCAAACAUUAACAGUAAUGGAAGCAUUUGUCUUGACAUUCUGAAGGAGCAGUGGAGUCCCGCCCUUACUGUGUCCAAGGUGUUACUUUCAAUAUGCUCAUUGCUGACGGAUCCGAACCCAGAUGACCCUCUGGUGCCGGAGAUUGCGCACGCUUACAAGAAUGACCGGGCCAAGUACGAAUCUACAGCUCGAUCGUGGACCCAGAAAUAUGCAAUGGGUUAGGUCAAGAUGAUGGACUUCCAUCACGGAACCUUAGGCUGAAAAUGUUUCGGUACACUUUUUUCUGUUCACCGUGUUGCUUAAUGCGAUGAUAAUGGAAUGUCUCUUGACCUGUCAAGUACUGAAGCUAAUUCUUGAGGUGAGUCUUUUCUAAGCGUUCUGUGCACUCUACCUCCUGUUCUGCUUCUGGAGAAUGUUCCUCAGGCAAGAUAGUACAUCCAUUGAUUAUAUACACUGGCCUCCUUAUAUGGAGUUAUUCGAGUGGAUGAAUGUAAUAGGAUAUGGUGGAACAUACACUUAACCGUAUAUGAAUCAAUCGAUCGGUACUUGGUCGCUUGUGACCGGACCUGGAA